AUGGCAUUUCCUGAAAAAUGAAACCUAGAUUGUUUUAGAAUGAAAAAUGAUAUUUUGCGUCAUGAAGAGAAAAUUUAUCUUUGAAAAUAUUGAAUUUUACAUAAUUAAUUAGUUUAUUUUUGAAAAAAUCUCAAUUAUGGCAUGUCGAGAGCUACAGACAGCUGACCUGAUUCAAUCUGGCAUGGACCGACCCCCCUCCCCGGCCCGACUAGCCUACACCUCGGACAAACACCCCAGACACACCCUGGAGGCAAUCAACGUCUUACGUAAACACCGUGAAUUGUGUGAUGUCGUCCUUAUUGUCGGAGCUAAAAAGAUCUUCGCUCACCGCGUCAUCUUGUCUGCCUGUAGUCCGUACUUCCACGCCAUGUUCACGGGAGAGCUGGCCGAGAGCAGACAGACAGAAGUGACCAUCAGAGACAUUGAUGAGACGGCCAUGGAGCUGUUAAUAGACUUCUGUUAUACCUCUAACAUUACAGUGGAGGAGGGAAAUGUUCAGACCCUCCUCCCCGCAGCCUGUCUGUUACAGCUGGCGGAGAUACAGGAUGUGUGUUGUGAGUUUCUGAAGAGACAAUUAGAUCCCUCUAACUGCCUGGGUAUCAGAGCCUUUGCUGACACUCAUGCAUGCAGGGAUUUGUUAAGAAUUGCUGACAAAUUUACUCAACAUAAUUUUCAAGAGGUGAUGGAGAGUGAGGAGUUUAUGCUGCUUCCGGUCAAUCAGUUGGUGGACAUUAUCUCCAGCGACGAACUGAACGUACGCAGUGAAGAACAGGUGUAUAACGCAGUCGUCAACUGGGUCAAGUUCAACAUUGGAGAGAGGCGAACACAUCUACCAGUAGUGGUCCAGCAUGUCCGUCUUCCCUUAAUGAGCCCCAAAUUCCUGGUAGGAACAGUGGGGUCUGAAUUAUUGAUAAAGAGUGAUGACACAUGUAGAGACUUAGUGGAUGAAGCUAAAAAUUACCUACUUUUACCCCAGGAGCGACCCCUCAUGCAGGGUCCUAGAACUCGCCCCCGUAAACCAAUCAGAUGUGGAGAGGUUUUAUUUGCAGUUGGAGGUUGGUGUAGUGGUGAUGCCAUAUCUAGUGUGGAGCGGUUUGAUCCCCAGACCAGUGAGUGGCGUAUGGUGGCACCGAUGUCUAAGCGGCGGUGUGGGGUGGGAGUUGCUGUUUUAAAUGACCUUUUGUAUGCCGUUGGAGGACACGAUGGGCAAUCCUAUCUAAACAGUAUUGAAAGGUUUGACCCUCAGACAAACCAGUGGAGUGGUGAUGUAGCCCCCACCAGCUCCUGUCGGACCAGUGUGGGUGUGGCAGUACUGGACAAUUACAUGUAUGCAGUGGGGGGCCAAGACGGGGUCUCCUGUCUAAACUUUGUAGAGAGGUAUGAUCCACAACUGAAUAAGUGGACCAAGGUUGCGUCUAUGAGUACCAGGAGGUUAGGAGUGGGGGUGGCUGUUUUGGGAGGAUAUUUAUAUGCUGUUGGGGGUUCAGACGGGACAUCCCCACUAAACACAGUUGAGAGAUAUGACCCUCGUAGCAAUCGAUGGACACCCGUUUCUCCCAUGGGCACGAGACGUAAACACCUUGGAGUGGCUGUGUAUAACAAUAUGAUCUAUGCAGUGGGAGGGAGAGACGACACGACUGAGUUAAGCAGUGCAGAGCGAUACAACCCCCAAACUAAUACGUGGCAGGCAGUAGUUGCCAUGACAUCACGGAGGAGUGGGGUUGGAUUAGCAGUUGUAAAUGGACAACUUAUGGCCAUUGGAGGCUUUGAUGGGACAACAUAUUUAAAGACAAUAGAAGUGUACGAUUCAGAGGCAAACUGCUGGAAAUUGUGUGGAGGAAUGAACUAUCGCAGGUUAGGUGGAGGGGUGGGGGUGGUGCGAAUGCCCCAACAUGAAUCUCAUCUUUGGUAGACAGCAUAAAAUGCUGCAGAAAGACACAAUCUGAUAAAUGGCAUUACAUCAGCAGCAAUGCAUGUAUAUAUGGGAAGUGCCACUGCCAUCUCAGACACUGAGUGAAAGAAAAUUCUACUGUAAUUUAUUGGAAUCUUUUUUCCUUCUUACUUGAAAAACACCUUAAUAUUUGUACAUAAAUUUCAGUAUUUAUAUCUUGUUCAUAAACUGUAGUGCUUUUAAUGUCACAAUGGUUAUCUUCUCUGUAUCAGAAAUCUUUUAGGCUGUUACAUGUUUGCAUUUCUUUGCUACUUUGUUUUUUGCCAGAUUCGUAAAGCAAAGAAAGUAGUUUUCACAAUUUGCAAAUAACUUGUUACUUGUGCUUUGUAUGUUUCAGAAAAAAAGGUGCUCUCUUUAUUGUAUUUCACGUCGUUUGUAUCACUUCUGAGAGAUUUUCUGGGCAGAAAUUUGUCAUUCACAUGAUACUUAUUGAGUGUUUGGUGUGUAUGGAAAUUGUUAAGUGUUUUGCAUAGAGACUUUAUAAAAGUUGAGUGAUUUAUUGAGUGGAUUGUAAUAUUUUGACAUGCAGGGCAGAAGAAUGUACUGUUAAGCUUAAAUAACUUUUUUUGUAUGAAUGGAAAAUUCAUCUUUAUUUUUAUGACUGCUUUUGCUGUACUAAUUAACUCAAUACUUACAUAAUUUUUCCCCCUGCUAAUGACUUUCUCCCUUGCAGCAAUUCAUCAUAUUAGAGUCAUUAAAUGUUUGAAAAUUUCAUUUUUUGAUUCAGAAAAAGGGCUAUCAAAAACUUCAUGUAUGAAAGAAGAAAAUGAUCUGUAUAUGUAUUAAACUUCUGCAAAAAACUA